CAACGCUCCUUGGAAACGAGCUGGAGGAAGCGCGCUCUCUGUGGCGGACUGUCAACAACAUUAACAACGACAUGGAGCCCCCAGAGAGGGUUGUGGCAUCUCCAACAGUUGAAAAUGUGAGUCAGUCUGUCGAACAAACAUCUGCAGACCAAUCAGGAGUGCACAGUCAUAGCCUUGCUGGUCUGGAUCAGAGGCAGCCCAGGCUGGAAACGGAUGGCUUAGAGCUCAGAGGAUAUGCUUUGCAGUCAGAUUUUCAGGACAGUAACCUUUCUCCAGCUCUUCCCCUGUUGCCUGGAGUGGAACACAACUUCACCGAAUACUCUUUAUUCCAACAAAGUGACCAUGAAUUUGCAUCUUUAAGGGCAUACCCUGACAUUUCUGUGGUGUCAGAGAGGUUUCACCUUCCAUCCCAGGAUAUCUCCUCUCAAGCCUCCGAGCGUUGCUCACUGUCCCAGCAUCCUUUGGCCCAGGCAACCAUCCUGUCUGAAGAGGGAGCCAGCAGCUGCUGCUCUCUUUCCCAGCACAGUUUGUCACCAAGAGACAACAGCAAAGGGACAGAACCUGUUCAGACUGAAGCUGCUCAGACCCUGCUGGUUCCACUAACUAACAUAAAGAGAAUAUCAUCCAGUGACGACUUAGAUACCAGAAAGAAAGACUCAGAGACGCUAACUGAACUUCCAGACAAAAGAGCAGGAGAGUCUGCUGAGGAUGAGACGUUCUUUCUGAGUAAAGAUGUUCCUGCUCACCAUCUCCUGGAUCUCCUCCAGAAGGACUUUGGGAUGCCGAGCAGCAGCAGUAGUGCUGUUUCUUCUGCCUCUAAGACCUCAGAGAAUACCGCUGCCUCUUGUGCGGUAGAGGCUAAAGGCACUCAAGGUUACAAACCAGGCAUUGACCAUAGUAUGGUAAGAAGAGAAGGUCCUACAGGUGAAGUUUCUGUUCCACAGCAGCAGACACAACCACCAGAGGUCUCUAAUAUCACAAUGGGGCGUGGCAGCACUCAACCUGAUGAUAGCAGUGAGGUUUUACACAGAGAGCUGAUGAGCGAGGUAGAGAGGCGCAAUAGCAGUGAAGGUGCAUCUAAAAACAGACUGCUGAAAAACCCUACACCACCAGGUCAGUCUUUUACACCGUAUCCUUCAGAGAGACAUGAAGGAAAGCCAAGUGUGACCAAGACAAAUGUGAGUGGAAUACCAUGGACAGAGCCAUUCUCAGCAGGUGUUGAGCGAGGUCUCAGAGAGCAGGAUCUCUGGUCCUCGGGAAACCAAACAGGGAUUGAUGGGUCCUACCUGGGUUUCCUUCCACAGUCUCAGUCCACUCCAGGAGUUCUUAAGGCCCCAGCCAAAUCCAGUGCCAGGGUUAAAUUAGGGCAGCUCUCUGACAUAGAAUCCAGUAAGGAGAACUCAUGUCGGUCAAGCACAGGGAUCCUUUCACAGCCAGGUAUUCCUGUGGCUAAUGUCCACACUCCAGACUCAGCCAGUCAGUGCCAAGAAGAGGCCACUUCAGCUAAGGUCCAGUCUCUGCCAAGUCUCAACUUUAUGCAGAAAGUAGAUGCAUGGAGGGCAAACCAGAACUCAGGCAAGACAUCUCUGUUUGACAGCUUAGCACUUCAGGGGUUUUCUGGAGUUUCCCCUAAAAAGAAAGCUUACGAUGCAGUAUCUGACUCUCUGAAUCGCAUCCUGAGUCAGCAAGCCAGGAGUUUAGAACAGCCUGUUUCAAGUGCUGCCAAUCCGAACAUCACAGAGAGCUCCUCCACAGCUCACUCUGCCUCGUCGUCCUCAAGGAGAGGGGAGGCGGUGGGCAGCGCUCCCAGUGACAAAGACAACAGUGGCACUACAAUGAGACCCUCUGCCUCACCUUAUGGCAGGUCACAGUCACACUCCUCUAUUAACACAGUCAUGUCAGUACAUAAAGAUCAGCAGACAGAAACAAACACAGAAAAAGAGAACAGUCAGAGUCGAGAUGAUGUUCAGAACCAGCCCAGCGCCACUGUUCAACCCUUGCCUUUCAUGAGCCUCGGCCACUUCAGUGAUGUGUCACUGGAUCGUGAUUCGACACUCUCAAGUUCCCUGGAUAGUAACAACCAUGAAAUUAAACUAGGGACAUCCAUUGGAGCUUCUUCUGUUGUCAGCCUAGAGGUCGAUAACUAUGCCCCAUAUUGGACUUCAAAGGUGUCAACACCUCCUCCACCUCAACCCAGACUGCGAGAGCUCAACAUCGAAGAACGAAUUCCGUUGUAUCUCCAUAACCUGGGUAUUGAUCAGUCUCCCUCAACCAUCUUAACUCCAUUCGCACCCAAAGGACCAAUCAGAGAACCUGAAUUCUCCCCGACAGAUCUCUGUACAGUUAAAGGAUCUAUUGGAACCCCAACCAAGAGCACCCAGGCCUCUGAAGGUGGCAGCCCUCAUAAAGGAGAGUUUUCGCAGUCCAGCGUUCUGUCAGUGGACUCCAGUAUGUCCAUACCUUUCAGUGUUGACAGUCUCACUCCUGUUGCUUCUAUCCUGGAGCGUCCACAACGAGCUUCUCCUUUAUCAGAUAUAGAAGCUUUGCAGAGUGAUUGCAGACUGACAGCAUCCUCCGAGCCUCAAGAAGACUCUCAUUCCUCUUCACUACAGAUCGUCCUGCAGCAGUCGAGGGACAGCAGCUUAAGCAGCAGCCUGAAUACCAUCCAGUCACCUUUCCAAACAAGCCGUAGUAUGGAGCACAAUGCAGAAGACUCUUUCGUUAGCUCUAAUGCUCUGUCUGAGAUCCGUAAACUCCUCUCUCAUGCAGAGAUCGUGGUAUCUGCCAGGUCCUCCGAGGCCUCCGCUGCAGCGCCCCAUCUGCUCUCUGAUAAUGACAUCUUCCCAACACUGAGGAAUAAAACCAGUAGACUUCAGGACUCUUCAUUCUCCUCCUUUUCUGCUGCUGGAGAUCCCAGAACUCGGUCCUCUAUUCUGUGGGCCAGGUCCUCGUCAGACUCCAUGCUGACCUCAGACAAAGUGAGGGAAAGCUCCAUCGGUCAAGAAAGUGCAACAUCAUCUCAGCCAAAUUACCCAUCCAACCAAGCUGCAGCAACAGCUGCGCUCACAAGGUCGCAAGAUAACAUUGUUAGCAGAGAUGUAGGGCUGUCGUUUGUUCUCUCCAAAUCAGCUCGGCGAGCAGAGCCUGAAGGCUGCAGUGCUGCUCCUCCUGAUAACACAGUCCCCCCACAGCCACCAGCCAUCAAACCUUCACCAGCUCUGACAAUACAACAGCUCCCCUCCAGUCCUACAGACCCAACAGCCAUGACAGAAGAGGAAACUCAGACGAGUCCUGAAAGUCCUGUACAAAGUUCCUCCUCUCCAACCCCUGACAAUCAGAGCGUUGUGAGUGAUAGGAGCAGUGAGAGCUCACUGGCAGUCAGAGUGGCCAAGUUACUGCAGAAUGAAUCUCCUUCCACCAUGGUGUCCAGCACAACAAGCACCACUGACCAGGAGGAGAGCAAAGCCAGAGAAUGGAUUAAGCUGAAGGUAUCUGGGCAGCAGUGUGAGCCUCUGGAGUUGGACAAAGAAGACAGAAGACGGAUUGAAGAGAUCAAAAGAGAGCUGCUGUUGAAAAAUCCUUUAAAGAGCCCUCGGAGCACAGACACAGAGAGCAGCACAGCGUCCAGUAUUAGAGCACCAAGAGGAAAAUAUCCACAACAAGUGGAACCAUUCACAUUUACAGCUGAUGCUAGCAAACAGCCACCUCAGCCACAGCAGGGCCUGAGCACUGAUCUGCCUGACCCUAAAAUGCAGCUUCAACCCGCUCUUCCUUUAAAUCUAGAAGCUCAGGUUCGUGAGAUCGCUGCCAGAGAAGGGGUGACCCUCCCCAGGACCAACCCUCUGGCCCUCACAUCAAUUACAAUCUCCACCCGUAGGCGCUCCACUUCCCCUUCUCCGUCUACGUCACCAGCACCUCCUCUCAGUCCAGCACUGGAGAAGCUCCAUCUAGACGAGCUCACCACAGAAGCAGGCGAAGAGGAAAACAAGGCAAACAGGAAUCAAAACCUGAUUCCUCAGUCAACAUCAGGGUUUAUGAAGAGGCAGGACACAGUAGGAGGCCAGUUUGAAGAAGCUCCCUUUCCCUUACAGGAGUUAAGCGAAGAGAAUUUGAGUAACAAAGAAAACACACAGGCCUUCUUACGAGACCAAGAGCUUUCCUUCCAGGAGAGCUCUGUUUCUGGAGUUCGUCAGGAGCUUGAACAAACCGCAGGAUCAUCCACCUCUGGACCACAGGCUAGGACCGGCCAUGUUUCACACGUCCACGUCACUCUGUCCCCCAAAGCCUCCGAUCCCCGCUCAGCUUCUGCUCUCCACUUUGGUCACACUGAUGCAGUUUCAGCGCUGCCUCAGAAAGAAUUCAUCCCCCUCAGACGCUCUCCUUCUGCUGUCAGCAGUUCAGACGAAGGUGUCGGUUUGUCCAGUCCACCGGAGUGGUACGACAACAGAGAGCCAGUGAGACACAGAGGGGCUGAAAGAACGAACACUUCCACCCUCUUCAAACCCGCUGUGUCUCAAAGAAAGACGAACACCACAUCAACACAGUCUUUUAAACCACACCGAGGAGCAAUGAUGUCAUUAAGACCCUUAGCCACUGAAAUACCAGCUGUGCCUGUUCUGUUGCCUUACAAACCUUGUGGCAGUGAGGAGCUUUUUUACGUCCCUCAAACAAAAGCCGACUUCUCUCCUACUGACCGCUCUGACACCACCAUGGAGAGCUCCCAUCCAGGUUCAGACGACGCUGUGCCCCCUCGCUUCAGCAGUGAAGUCCUCGGGCACAGAGACCCAGAGCUGGACCGUGGAGUCACCAUCAGACACACAGAAGGGAUCUACAGCAAGAGGUUAAAAACAGCCACCUUUAAAAUGCAGGAACACAGAGGUGCCUCUAAAUCAGCAGAUGAAACCCCACAAACAAGUCCAGCUCAGCCUCCAAAGCUGUCUACUCAGGUAUCACUUGCCUUCACCAGAGUGCCUUUAACAAGCAACCAAGAGCCCUCCAGGAGAGACCAGGGGACCAGUCCUGUUCACUUCAUUAGCUCUGAUCAACCACAGAUGAGCCGUGAGAGGUUCAACCCAGUCCACGUGGACACAGAUUACCCCCAGAUGAGCAGUCACAGAGACCAAAGCUUCAUCACUCAGGCAGGAAGGGAGCGAGAUCAGGAGAGGAUGGACUCUGGUUUCCCUCACCAUACUGCCCAGACCAGGAGCAGUACCCUGGACCAGCUCUGGCUGAGGUUCUGUGAUCGAUGGAGCCAGGAGGAGUCCAGACCAACCAGUGACGGCGAGGCGUCACUGCUGGAGCGUUUAGAGCGUCUGUCACAUCUGAUCCAUGGCUCAAGAAGGACUGAUAUUAGAGGAGCAGAUUAUUAUCCUGGAGAAAAGAUAGGAAGGCAACGAGACGCUGCUGCAGUAAAGGAGAGAAGGAGGGAUGUCAGAGAGACAGAGAGGAGCGGCGUUGACCCUCCUGUCCCUCAUCUGGCCUGGGCUCAGAGGCUUCAAGUCGAGGAAACUUCUCAGCCUGCAGCGGAUGACAGACGUGACUCCUUUACCUCCAGCAUCUCUCACAAUUCCUCCCUGAGUCCACACCUCAGUCCUGCUGACAGAGAUGAGUCUGAGACUCUGUCCACUGAGUCAGGCUCCAUGUCCACGGUGGACACGGCUCGGCUGAUUCGAGCCUUCGGCUCCCACAGAGUCCAACACCUAAAAACGAGCCCCAGUCUCAGUAAACUCUACAACACCAUCAACAGGCAGAAAGACGGGAGAGAGCAGAGGAGAGGAAGAAACAGGGAACUGCCUCACAUCAUCACACCAUCAGAGAGCAUAGCAACGGAAGAAUCUACUAUUGAUGCUGAUUCUGUAUCAUCGAGCAGCACGUUCACCCUACAGUCACAGCACGGCCCCUCAAAGAGUCUGGCAGCAAAGAGAGCAGUUAAACUGGUCAACAAAGGAGUCCAGGCAGGUGACCUGGAGCUGGUCAGUAAUGCUACUCGUCGACACACCAGAGAUGUUGGAACCACAUUUCCUUCACCAGGUGAAGCCAGAACUUCCAGACAGGUUUCAUCUUCUUCAUCCAGCUUAGAGAGAGGAAGAGGAGGAAAGAAGAGUCCGUCUAAGUCUCAGGGAUCACAGAAACAGAAGAAGAACAAGAAAAGUCCUUCAAAGUCCUACCCUCAAGGUGUUUCAUGGUUUAUCUCUGCUGACGAGCUGCGGUCUGAGGCGAGGAAGGAGAACCAGCCAGAGGAGGAGGAGUCGACGUGGAGGCCGAGCACUGCCUGGUUUGAGCCGUACAGCAGAAUCAAACCCUGGAGAGAGCCGCUCAGACAGAGACAAGUCCAUGAAGACACAAACGAGCAGCAGAGUGUUAUUCAACAGGCUGAUCCAGAUUCAGAUCUAAGAGCUAAAACGGUGUCCUCUGGUCUGGCUCGGAUCUCCCUGCAGGAGGCUCUGCAGAUGCAUCGUCCUGAUUUCAUCUCUCAGUCCAGGCAGAGGGUCCAGCGUCUGGCUCUGCAGGUGGAGGAGAGGAGGUUUCAGGCCGACUUCAGCAGAGAGAGAGAGGAACUCUUCAGCCAUCCUGGAGGACCGGGGAGGCUGCCUAAACCUGCAGGCACAGCUCUGCUCCGGAGGGCUGUUCCCAGGAAGGAGAUGAUCCAGAGAUCCAAACAGAUUUAUGAGAAUCUGCCUGAGGUACAAAGGAAAAGAGAGGAGGAACGAAGGAAAGCAGAGUAUCGAUCGUACAGACUCAACGCUCAACUAUACAACAAGAGAAUCACCAGCCGCGUCCUCGGCAGAAGAACAGCAUGGCACUGAUCAGAUUAAAAAGUUUGACUGUAGAUCAAAUCAGUGAUGUGAAAACAGUUUGACAUUUUUAAUAACGUUAAAAACAAAACUACCUAACUGCU